GCCUCAGCCGAGGCUCGAACCCAAGACCUUCAGAUCGCUAGUCCAACACCCUAACCACUUGGCCAUGCGCCACACUGUUUAGAAAAUGGCCUGUCUUUAUUCCUUCUACCAAAUUUCAUGACCAUACACUUCCCUAUACAGACUCGAUGGGCCAAAUGGUCUACUUCUGCUUCUAUAUCUUAUGGUCUAUGCAAUAUUUCAUCUGCCAUUUCUUUGCCCAUUUUUCUAAUCUGUCCAGCACGUUCUAGGAAAUCCCUCGUUCAUCAAUAAUACCUAUCCUUCCCCCUUACUUUGGCCACACUUGACAGACUCCUUCAGUAUGAUGACUGUUUUCCAGGAACAGUUAAUGAUUUGAUUUGUUCCCCUGGCAAAGCCUAUAUAGCUGGGCCCUCAGUGUUUGUGAUAAACCUUGACAAAUAUCCCUUCAUCUUAUCUCCAGACCUUCUUACCAAAGAUUCACCGAACAUAUGAAACAUAGAUAUGUGUGUUCUGCUCACCAAUGCCAGCGAUCCCCCAGGGAGAGAGAGAGAAAAAUAAAGAAUAGGCUGGAUUCUCUGAGGGCAUGGACGCUGCAAAUUGCAUCCCUGUGACUUUGGGAUUAAAUCAUGGUUUUGUGGCAAACCUGGUGCCAGAAUUGGGCUGGCCUACAACCCUGUACAACACAGCUAUUGGUUGUCUCAGUGUUGUAGGCGGUAAGGGCUGGGUCCUUGGAAACUUGUCAAAUUAACUAUUGCUGUAAUUCAGUAACCUGAAGAAAGUUGCUUAAUGCUUGCCUCGGUAUGUUUAAAGAGCAACAGUCUACAUAAUUGUAGUCAUUGUUCUGUCACUCCACGGACAUGGUGACAUUCAUCCCAGGGCUUCCAGGAGCAACGAGAUCAGAACCAUUCCUAUGCUGAUGUCAAAAUUCAAGACCGGGUUAGAAGGAUAUUGAAAGAUUUACACUACUGUGCUACUGGAACCGAUUAAAAUCACCCACGUUCCCUGGCUUCAUGGCAUAAGUUAACUGUGAUCUAUGUGUGUGGGGACAGCACUAAAGACUGGGCCGGCAGUGCAGGGGUAAUGCACCUGUCCGGAAGCCUGGAAGAGACAAAUGUACUUUGACCAUGCUGUCUGGGACCGUCCUCCUUGUCAUCAUUUUAUCAAGUGCUUCCACCAGCCGUGGAGACCGCUACAAGUCGUUCAGUAGAUGGGAUACAAAGUUUGAGCACUUAACGGUCGAUCCGGAGACUGGGAAUGUUUACGUAGGAGCUGUGAACUUCCUCUUCCAGCUGAGCUCUGAGCUGACUGAAGCAGUGGUGCAACCCACUGGGCCGAAGAACGACAGCAAGGACUGCCUCCCCCCUGUCACCCGCAGUGACUGCCCGCAGGCGCGGCCGACUGACAACCACAACAAGUUGCUGCUGAUUAACCCCUAUGGCAAAGAGCUGAUCACCUGUGGGAGUUUGUUUCAAGGGAUCUGUGAGAAAAGGAGUUUGGGAAUGAUUAGCCGGAUUUUGUUCCGACCAGAGCGGCCAGUCGACACGCAGUACGUGGCUGCCAAUGACCCGAACGUCACGACCGUGGGAUUGGUUGGCCUAUCCAAAGGCGAGGUGGCAGUGCUGUUUGUGGGGCGUGGAUACACCAGCAAAGGUGCUGGUGGAAUUCCUCCCAUCACCACCCGCAAUCUGGUGUCGGCAGAGCCACAAAGUCCGGAUUCGCAUCCCACUUUCUCCUAUGAGGAUACGGCAAAGUUAGCAGUAGCUGGAAGGCUUUCGGAGUACAACCACCACUUUGUCAAAUCUUUUAUUUAUCAAUUGUCUGUGUAUUUUCUAUUCUAUCGCAGGGACCUCAAGUCCCCCUCCAGGGAAUAUAAGACCUAUGUGUCACGUGUGUGCCUGGGUGACAUGCAUUAUUACUCAUAUGUGGAGGCGCCCCUUGUCUGUCAGACUGCAGACAGGAGCUACAAUUUGCUUCAAGCUGCCUACAUCAGCCGACCAGGAAAGGGCUUGGCCGAUGGGGUUCUCCAAACCGAUGGGGAGGUCCUGUUUGCCACUUUCGCUCUUGGCCAGACAUCCACAGCAAAGCCUACAGAGGAGUCAGCACUCUGCAUUUACACCAUGAGCCAGAUUGAUCAGAUAAUCAAUCAGACUCGGGAUCUGUGCUACACCAAUCACGGCAGGACCCCGGACGGGCAUGAGGCAGCCUAUAUAGAGUACGAAGUCAAGUCCAGCUGUAGUGGGCUAACAUCAGACACUCUUAAUGCCUACCCCUGUGGAUAUGACCACACACCCAGCCCAAUGGCGAGUCGCAUUCCCAUUGAGGCUUCGCUGGUGCUGAAGGUUGCCCAGGGAAGACUGGUUGCUGUAGCGGUGACAGUGGAAAUGGAACACACCAUUGCCUUUGUGGGAGAUGACAAGGGCUACUUGCACAAGGUUUUUGUGAAGCCAUCUGGAAAUGUGGAGCGAUAUGCAACCCUGACAAUCCAGCCCAACGCAGCGAUCAGUGGCGAUCUGGCAUUUGACCGUGGCCAGGAGAACCUUUAUGUCACAACUCCAUUGAAGGUACUAAAGCUUCCUGUUAGUGAAUGCUCGGAGUACACGGACUGCCAGUCCUGCCUGAUGACAAGAGACCCAUACUGUGGCUGGUGCAUACUGCAGGGCAGGUGCAGUAAGAAGUCAGAAUGCAGGAGAGCUGGGGAAGGCAUCCAGUGGCUCUGGAGCUACAGGGAAGAUCAGCAGUGCCUGGGGGUUCAUGCUCUGACCCCAGCUAACAUCAGCAGGGAGGAGCAUAAGCAGGUCUUUGUAAGUGUUGCUGACUUACCCCUUCUUGCUGAGGACGAGUUCUACACCUGUCAGUUUGAGGAUUAUUCCAGUCCGGCCACCGUUACUGAGAAUGGCAUUGUGUGCUGGUCCCCAAAACCCCAGAAUCUUCCACCAACAAAAGCAGGAGCAGAUCACGUGACCGUCGAUUUGCAAAUCAUGUUCUUCAACAUCACGCUGACAACAGCAGAAUUCACAUUCUAUGACUGUGGUGCAGUGCAGCAGAUCUCCAGGAAUUCUCCGUGUCGAGGCUGUGUGAGUAGUCGAUGGGGCUGUAACUGGUGUGUGCUUCAGCACCAUUGUACCCACAACACCACCUGUGAGGAUGCGGUCAUCAUUUUUAACGAGAACAUUGUUCUAUCCCACACGGCUCCUCCAAGGCUUCCGACCAAACCACUCCAUGUCAAUGUCACAGUGCUCCCAGCUACUCCCCACCCCACCACUGCUGCCCUCACAACAAGGGCUACGACUAUUCCUGCCACCCCAUCAACUGUACCUGCCACCUCGACCGCGGUGCCAGCGACUGUGGAUACCACAGUGGCAUCAUCUACCUCCCAAGCAGCCGUGCCAACUGACCUGCUGACCACUGUGCCCACAACAUCAGCUCCAGCUGUGGUUCCCACCACCACGGCCAUCACAAGCCCUGUAACCACGGUGUCAACCACAGCCGGUCCCUCUGUGGCAGCGACCACCCCUGCUGUGGCUGCCACCAUUGCUGAAACUACUGUGGCACAUGUGGGCAACCUGUCUGAGACCUCAGAUGCGUCUGCAAGACCGCCUGCCAUGGUUACAGAGCAGGUGUCUACAAGCCCCAGCACGGUGGUGGACGUUCCUACCUCUUGGACCACGGACAUUUCCAUGGCAACCACAUCAGCCUCUCCCUUGAAUGCUACGGACCUGGAUGGUGUCCCUUCUGUCACGACCACUCCUCCUGCUGACCCCACAGAGCCCCCUUCCACUCGGUUUGCAGUGCCAACCGACCCCAGGCCUGACAACCCCACCUCCUGGGCACUGCCCACCCUCUCUGAUUGGCCCACAAAGGAAGCCGGAGACUGGAAGGAGCCAGAUGUUUGGUUAGACCCUGUGCAGGUUGAGAACGACUCAGCAGUGUUUUCAGCUGCUGCUGUUCUCCUGUCGGGUGACGGAGAUGUUGAGAACCCUUCUCCUGCUUUUCUCCACCUGCUCGACUCUGAGGUUGACUACCACUUUGACCCUGGCUCACCAUCCUCCUUCAGACAGAGUGAUGAAGGGAUGUAUAGGGGACCCCUCGCCUGCCCCUGCAUAGAUGAUGUGCAGGGUUCCCCUCUUCUGCCAGUCAAUGUGGAGCGAAAGAUUACACUGAUGGGCCAAAGUCUUCAUUACUUCCAGCCCCCUGAAGUGGAUUACGAAUGUGUGUUUGUGAUUGAGGAUCGGAUGGUGGUAGUGGAGGCAUCUGUGGAAAGCGCUGACAGUGAUCCUACCUUCUACUUCAUUACUUGUGAAGUGCACCAGUAUGCCUACUCCACGCUCCAACAAGAAUAUAAUGCAACUGUAUAUGUCCAACGACGACCCAAUUAUAGAGUGGACAACAUGCACGAUUUACACAUUACCCUAUAUAACUGCGCAGUGGGUCGAACAGACUGCAGCCGUUGUCAGACGGCAGACACCAAGUACUCGUGUGUGUGGUGUGGGGGAGGAAAGCCCAGCUGUGUGUACAAGGAAUCAUGUGUGAACGGUGUGGAGGAGACCUGCCCAGCGCCUGUCAUUAAAUCGAUUGAGCCGACAUCAGGACUACAGGAAGGCGGUACCAUGCUCACCAUCUCCGGUUCAAACUUGGGCCAGCGAUUCGAGGACAUCCAGAACAUGGUGACAGUUGCCGGCAUCCAGUGCCGUACUGACCCUCUCUAUUACGAAGUCUCCACCAGGAUCGUUUGCUACACGGCAGCCAGUCAGAAAGAGGUGUCAGGCAAAGUUAUGGUGAAAGUAGCAGGCAGCGGUGGCAGCAGCUCGGAAAAAAACUUUACCUAUCAGAACCCAGUACUGGUUUCCAUCUCUCCAUCUCAUGGUCCCAAAGCUGGAGGAACAUCUCUUGUCCUCAGUGGUGUCAAGUUGCUGACUGGUAGACCAAGCGAUAUCAAAGUGUUUGUGGGUGACCUGCCCUGUAUCAUCUCUGGUGAGGUAAAGGACAACCACAUCCAAUGUUGCACAGCCCCCUACAACCAGACCGGAGACCUGCCCAUCACGGCUAUGUAUGGUGAUGUUCAUAAGCAAAUGAAUCACGUCUUCUACAGCUACACUGAGGAUCCAAACAUCACUGCUGUGCGACCGGACAAGAGCUUCCUGGGUGGAGGACGAGUGAUCAGUGUCCAAGGUCAGAACCUGGAUGCAGUGCAGACACCCCAGAUGAUGGUACGGUUGCUCCCAAAGAAUAGGCGACAGGGAUCAGCCAAGUUACAAAGCAGGCCGUGGAGGAGGAAAUGCAGAAUGACAAAGGACAACAGUUCCAAUGGGACGAGUUUUCGCGAGUUUUAUGAGUCCUGCCAGGUGAACUCGUCCUCCUUCAUGACUUGCAAAACGCCAUCGAUCGAGGCUCCCAUCAACGGCGCAGUGAUCACUGUACACUUCAUCAUGGAUGGUCUGUGCUUCAACUUCAAUGAAAUCAGUCCAACCAAGUUCACGUACAAGCCUGACCCCAUACUGAAACCGCUCAACACAGACGACCCUUUGAAACCUUACAGACAUAAGCCUGGCAGUGUCCUUUCUGUAGAGGGGGAAAACCUGGAUCUUGCGAUUACAAAGGAGGAGGUGGUAGCAAUGGUGGGUGAGGGGAUGUGCCUUGUGAAAACUCUGACUGGGAAUCACCUGUACUGCCAGCCUCCCUCAGAGCAGCCUGCCCCACGGAGGAGGAGUAAACGUGACAGCACGGACAUGCUACCGGAAUUUAUAGUGCAGAUGGGAAAACUGAAUUUCACACUUGGAAAGAUCCAAUAUGAUGCAGAGAGUCAGUCUAAUUUCCCCCUGGAGGCACAGAUUGGACUUGGCGUAGGAGCAUCCAUCGUGGCAUUGAUCGUCCUGAUCAUUGUCCUUAUUUACAGGCGGAAAAGUAAACAAGCUCUGAGAGACUACAAGAAAGUACAGAUCCAGUUGGAGAACCUAGAAACCAGCGUCCGCGAUCGAUGCAAGAAGGAGUUCACAGAUCUCAUGACUGAGAUGAUGGAUCUCUCCAGUGAUCUGGUUGGAACUGGAAUUCCAUUUCUGGAUUACAAGACCUAUGCCGAGCGAAUCUUUUUCCCAGGACACAGGGAAUCUCCUCUGCAACGGGAUCUAGACGUUCCUGAAUCACGCCGGCAGACAGUGGAACAAGGGCUAGUCCAGCUCUCUAAUUUACUGAACAGCAAGUUAUUCCUCACCAAGUUCAUUCACACACUGGAGAGCCAGCGCACCUUCUCGCCGCGCGACCGUGCUUACGUGGCUUCACUCUUGACAGUCUCACUGCACGGGAAGCUGGAAUAUUACACGGACAUUCUGAAAACACUCUUGAAUGACCUCGUGGAGCAAAAUGUUGCCAAGAACCCAAAACUUAUGCUGCGCAGGACCGAAACAGUGGUGGAGAAGUUGCUGACAAACUGGAUGUCAAUCUGUCUGUAUGCGUUCCUCAGGGAAUCAGCAGGAGAGUCGCUCUACAUGCUGUUCCGAGCUAUCAAACACCAGGUAGAUAAAGGACCCGUCGAUGCCGUCUCAGGAAAGGCCAAGUAUACCCUCAAUGAUAACAGACUGCUCCGAGAGGACGUGGAGUAUCGGACGCUGACACUUAAUGUGUUAGUACAAGGUGGAGAGGAUGGACAGCCUUCACCUGUCAAAGUGUUGGACUGCGACACCAUCACACAAGUCAAAGAGAAAAUCAUUGAUCAGAUCUACAAAGGGAUGACCUACUCAUUUCGACCGCACGUGGAAUCUCUUGACCUUGAGUGGCGAUCGGGGUUGGCUGGACAUCUUAUCCUUUCAGAUGAAGAUCUGACCUCUGUUGUCCAGGGAAACUGGAAGCGUCUCAACACCCUGCAGCAUUAUAAGGUGACCGAUGGGGCCACGGUUGCUCUUGUUCCACGUCUCAGCAAACACAUCCACCAUGAGAAUCAUGACUACAUUGCAGGAGAGAAGACGCCAAUGCUGGAGGAUGCAGAUGAAGGAGGGAUGAAAGUGUGGCACCUAGUGAAAGCCAGUGAAGAGCCUGAGCUCCCCAAGCACAGGCGAGGCAGCCUACGGGAACGGGAGCGAGCGAAGGCUAUCCCAGAGAUCUACUUAACACGCUUGCUCUCUAUGAAGGGCACCCUGCAGAAGUUUGUGGAUGACCUCUUUCAGGUAAUUCUCAGCACCAGCCGGCCUGUGCCUCUCGCCGUUAAAUAUUUUUUUGAUCUCCUGGAUGAACAGGCUGUGCACCAUGGAAUAACUGACGCAGAAACCAUUCACAUCUGGAAAACAAACAGUCUUCCUCUUCGUUUUUGGAUAAACAUCAUAAAAAAUCCACACUUCACCUUUGACGUUCAGGUGUCGGAUAAUGUAGACGCCAUGCUAUCAGUCAUUGCUCAGACCUUCAUGGACUCCUGUACUAUUGCAGAACACAAGCUGGGUCGGGAUUCUCCAAUUAACAAGCUCUUGUACGCCAGAGACAUCCCUCGAUAUAAACAGAUGGUGGAGAGGUACUAUGCAGACAUUCGACAGACCAUCUCAGCUAGUGACCAAGAAAUGAACUCUGCCUUGGCAGAACUGUCCAGGAAUUACUCCAGUGACAUGAAUUCUCUUGUAGCUCUCCACGAACUCUACAAAUACAUCAACAAGUACUAUGACCAGAUCAUUACAGCACUAGAAGAGGAUGCGACUGCACAGAAGAUGCAGCUUGGCUAUCGGUUGCAGCAAAUAGCCGCGUCAGUGGAAAACAAGGUCACAGACUUGUGACAGGACAGACUACUGAGGAAUGGUGAAAGGCAUUAAUGUAGGGAAGGCACUUGGAGACACUGUGCUUAGUGGACAGAGCUUGCAGCAGCGUACAGCAGUGCCUUCUGGAAGAUGCUUCAUCUGUAUCUCCAGCGGUGUGAACGUAGGGGCAUAGCUGCGCAUCACAGAAUGGUAAAAGGAGUACCUUUCCCCACUCCCAAGCCACUUUGACCUGCACACGACUGCCUUUGGCAAGUGUCUAUAUUUUAGAUUAUUAAGCAACUUAGCAGACAACGCAAAAACAUAAAACUAAAGUGCAGAGAUGGACAAAUGAUGUUAAUAUUUUUUCCAAUAAGAGAUUUUAAAUGGUUUUUUAAACUAAUCCUAAAAACGUGUACUGCAGUGAUGUGUUGGCACGUGCAAGAUGGAAUUGGGGAACAGCACAGAUACUGAGGCAAAGGCAUUGAAAAAUGUCACAAGGUGAAAAGUUAUUGGACCAAGUUAACUCAGUAACUACAGGGUAGACCACAGUGGGCACAGUAUAACCUAUAAACAAUCUGGUCAAGCACACACUUCUGAUCAGGAGAUGAAGUGUGCCAGUUCCUGAGUUGUCUCCUUUGUUUAGUUUGAGGAGCUUCAAGAAUUGAAAUUAUCAUUAUCUUUCCAGCAAGAUUUACAAACAUUGUUAAAAAGGGUUUACAAAAUAGCUUACCCAACAAGAUCCAUAAACACAUCUUACUUCACAUCCAAUAUCUGAGAGAGCGCGAGCGAUAUCUCUCACUUGAUCAGCCUUCCUCCUCGAGCUCAUGGAAUGGUUCUUGUAUAUACCUGCUCAUGUGAUCUUGCCUGAUGGGUACCUAAUAAUGAUGGUCAUCUCCAUGAAGUAGAAUGAAGCGCAUAGUUCAUCUGACAUUUCAUUUCUAGACCACAGCCCUGCUGAGUUCUACAAAAUGACUUAAUUGUUUUUCACUAGUGUCUUCCAUUUUUCAGACAUAGAUGGAAUAUCCAAACCCUUUGAUACUCAACUGUUUGAAAUAAAUAGGUCUACUCAGCGGAGACUGAUUGCAAUUCAUACGAUUCAAGUUUUAAGCCACAGCAAUGAAUAACAGGGAAUUAUUGCAUCGUGUUAAGGUUGUCAUUUGUUUCUUUUUGGAUUACAGUUAAAGGCUUGGUAUUCUUUUAAUAUUAAAGGGCUAAAUACAAUAGAAACAUUUUAUUAUAAAACGGUAUGCACAGUCAUCCAGAUAGCUAGGGUUCAACAGGGCAACAUCUUGAUUCAAAUGUAUCUCAUAUCUCAGCUUACUAGAAGUUUCUAAAGAAACUGCUAUUACAUUUUACGGAUAUGCAGCUUGUUACAAUUUAUUCUGAACCACUGUGCACGUACCAAGAUUCUGAUGUAUUUGUUGAAGUGACUUGCGUUAAUAUCACUGUAUCGAGUGACUGAUUUCACCAGAGUCACAUUAACACUGGAAGUCAGUCAGCUUGUAAUUAUAUUUUAUUGUUUCAGUUAAAACAUCUGAAGCCUUUUUGGUCCAGAAAGUGCCACAGGCAGGUUACCAGUGUUUCAUGAGAAGUGAAGAGUAUUCUGUGGGGGUGGUGGUAAGGUUGUGCAUCAUGGGACCUGGAUUAAAGUUUUUAAAACUGUUCCAGUUUCCAUAAUAAUGGAUGUCAGUUUUUGUUACUUUUCUUCAAAGUAGGUUUAAUUGCAUUUUUAUUUAUUUUUGUCAGAAAUAGUAUUCCAUUGGCAUCCAGUACUCUAACAGCAGUAUUAACCUGGAGAGGGAAACAAAGACUAACAUAGUGUGGGGGUAGCAUAUAUUUUCCCUGAAAUGCAGAAUCCCCAAUCGUUCUUCUAUUUGGGAUUUAUGCCAUCAAAUUCUUAAGUACAGGAUGGGACUUCAUUUCCAACCUUGAAAUUUAAAUUUGUAUUGAUAUUUUUAUAUCAUCUCGAUUUAUGAUAAGUACGUGUAUUUGGUUUAAGAAAAAUGAUCCACAAUAAAAUUCCACGCAGAUUUUUGUCACAGCUAUUUAGCAAUGUAUUUGGUGUUGUUGGUCCUAUGUUACCCAAAAGAAGAAGUCAGCCUCACAACUCAUUGUAGCUGCCAUGCUGUUCAUCUGCACAAAGGGCAGACUUUUAAAUGAUAUAAUAUGGAAGGUUUGAAUGACAGUGGCUGAUUGCAUAGAUUAAUUAUGGAAAAGUAGGUUUUGUGCAAGUCUUGCAUUCUCCACUAGCCGAGUCAUUUGAUUGAUAAUGAAGUGGCAAUUCUAGCUACAGUAAUUAAGUGUCAAUGGUCCACUCAAACAUGAACUUAUAUAAAGCUUUCUGUCUCCAAGAUCUGUAGUGGAAAACUAACAUUCUUUGUUGGCAGGUUGAGCCAAGAGUUUUACAGUGCUACAAGAUGAAACAUGAGCCGUCUCCCUUUUCUGUCACUCUUUUCCCUGUGUGAUCAAGUAAUGGGGGUAAGAUCUGCUAGUGCUUGGGAUGAAUUUCCCAUGCACAAGAUCAGAAUGAUUGUAUCUGUGACUGAACUGCUGAAAUAUCUUUUUUAUAUAAAAAAAUCUUUCAAUGCUCAUAAUUUAAAAAGAAUAGUGUGUAUUUAUUUAUUUAGUGGCCAUGCCCUGGUUAGAUGUGGACACUGGUACAUUUGUGUAUUGCUUGAGUUUUAAAACAUUCUUCAUUAUGUUGCAAUGACCAUGCACUUAUCUGCCUUCAAAAGCACAAAGAUCACAGGUCAGUGACAACUGUAAACUGAACCUGCACUGAGACCCUGCAAAGUCUCAGUGAAUAGUUUUGGAAACCUUUCCCAGUCAGGUGAAAUAGUGUUAACAUCUUUCUCCUCUUGAGUGAGAAAUAACCAUAUCCUCUUAAUCUAGCACAGAGAAAAUGAACUUUAUACCAAGUACAAAAUUAUCAAAAGGAUGUCUAUGUUUGCUUUAUUACUUUUUAAGCUUUUAAUUCCCAUCAGAUUCUUACAUUCCUGCUACUACAUUAAACAUCCCUUAAUUUACUCUGCAAGUUAAUUAAACUUCUCUGUUGAAAUUGUGUGUGUGUGUGUGAGUGAGUGAGUGUGUAUGUGUGUGUGUGUACCAGAUCUAUUCUGGGCUCACUGAUUUCAAGGGAGUUGAUAUACAGGCCAGAAUGCAACCUCGCACCAGCACAGAGGGCUGGAAAUGGAUUAAUUGAAGCAGAUCCAAGACUUUUCCCACCAGGUACCAGUCAUUUGCUGUGGCCAUCUUGUGCAUUAUGGAGAGUCAUCCUCCUUAUUGUAUUGCUAAGGAGGACUGUGUCCAUGUGUACAGUAUUGUGAUAGUGGUGUUUUGGGUACAGGUUUUGGAAGUGGUGAUGGUCAAGGCAGACAACAGAAGUAAACUGGAUUUUCUUGGGUUCUAAACAUGGCAACUGUUUUUCUGUGACUUUCUUUUACAUUCAUCAAGAUUGAUUCAUGAAAUUUUAGUUCUGGAGUGCCCUUGAGCAUUCCAGCAUUACAUACCCAGAGUUAAAGUUUUAACUAAUUAAGCUUCAGCUCUCUUUAUAGUUACAGCUAUAUUUAACUAUAUAUAUAGGUAUAUAGUUGGUUUUUGUUUAGGAAUCAGGAGCACAAUGGAUAACACAUUAUAUGUUAGAGUCUUAAGUUCUUUUAAAUUUGCAACACCAAAUUAUUGUUUGGAACUGAGAAUAUCAAAGUUAAAGUAAUAUCUGACUUCAAAGUUCAAAGUAAAUUUAUCAAAGUAAAUAUAUGUUACCAUUUACAACCCUGAGAUUUAUUUUCCUGUGGGCAAACUCAGCAAAUCUAUAGAGUAGUAACUAUAACAGGAUCAAUAAAAGAUAAACCAGAGUGUAGAAGACAACAAAAUGUGCAAAUGCAAUAAAUAACAAGAACGUGAGAUCAUUGGUUGUGGGAACAUCUCAAUGAUGGGGCAAGUGAGUGUAGUUAUCCCUUUUUGUUCAAAAGCCUGAUGGUUGAAUGGUAGUAACUGUUCUUGAACCUGGUGGUACAAGUACUGAGGCUCUUGUACCUUCUACCUGAUGGCAGCAGUGAGAAAAGAGCAUGGCCUGGGUGGUUCAGCUCUCUGAUGAAUACUGUUUUCUUACAACAGCAUUUCACAUAGAAGUGCUCAAUGGUUGAGCACAUCUUUUCCAAAUAGCUGUAGAUAUUUUUCCCUGAAGCAAUACCUGUUUGCCCACCCUAUAUAAUUUUAAAGUUACCAUACAGUAAAUAUCCUGAGUGCAUGAUAAGAACAGGACCAGUUUGGGGCGGGGGGGAGAAAUCAUUUGGAGUGUAUUAUCAAGUGAGCUAAUGAAUUAUUCGUUUUAGACCAUAAAACCAUAGGACAUAGAAGCAGAAUUAGCUAUCCGGCCCAUCAAGCUUGCUGUGCCAUUUCAUCAUGGCUGAUUUAUUAUCCCUUUCAAUGUUAUUUUCCUGCCUUUAAUCAAGAACCUAUCAACCUCCGCUUCAAAUAUACCCAACGGCCUGGGCCUCCAGAGCCAUCAGUGAUAAUAAGAAGGAAACUUCCAAAACUUGCUAUGGGAGCAGAUGGGGAAAGCCAUGAUUUGGAUUUAAACUAGCUAAUUAGAAUCAUUUUGAAGCAUCCAAAUCUUUAAAAUAUUAUUGUUUUGUCCUGUAUGAUUUGACAGAAAUAUUAGACGCAACUGCAAUUUGUCAAUCACAAAUAUUUUACAGAUUCCCUAGAAGCAAUAAUGAAUAAGUUAACUGCAUCCUUCCCAUUUCUGUAUUGGUAUUUUGUAUCACCGUCAGCAAAAUUUUAAAAAUGUGAAAUAUUUUUUAAUGUGACCCAAAACAUUCAAAAAUUGAUUUGGGAAUGCAGCAGUUGAAAUGCACACUGGAGGAUUCUAUUUAAAGGCUAGAUGCACAGCAUGUAUACAUGUUUUUUGUAUUAGGAAAAGAAAAUUGAUGCAGACUUUGCAAAUAAAUGACACAGUACUUCUGUGUUAAUUGUCCCAUGUAUGAACUGCAAGUAUACAUCUGGUACGGUGCCACACCACUACCUCAGCACUAAGAGUCAUAACAUGGGCUGCUGUUUGUGGGGAGGGUACACAUUCUCCCUGUGACUACACGGCUUUGCUCCCCCUGCACCGGUUAUCUUCCACAUCCCAGAGUGUGCAGGGAGGCAGCAUAAAUUUCCCCUUGUGUGUUGGUGAAUGAUAGAAUUUAGUUGAGUGUUAGAAUGUGAGGUAAAUUUUUAAAAGAGGGAUAAUGUAAGUGUUGAUGAUGGUUUGUGGACCUGGUAAGCAAAGGGCCUAUUUCUGUGAUUUAUCUCCCCAUGACACUGGCAGCAACUUCUUUAGUACACACACACACAAUUAAAUGUAGAAACCCAAACGCUCAAAGUCAAAGUAAAUUUAUUAUCAAAUUGUAAAUAUGUCUUGAGUUUCAUUUUCUUGCAGGCAUACUCAGCAAAUCCAAUAACCAUAACAGAAUCAAUGAAAGAACACACCUACAGGGCAGGCAGCCAGUGUGCAAAAAACAACAAACUGCACAAAUACAAAAAGAAAGAAGAAAAAUAAUAAUAAUAAACAUUCAAUAAAUAUCAAGGACGUGAGAUGAAGAGCCCUUGAUAGUGAGGUGCCAUCUAUUCUGCAGCUGAAGCCAAUAUAAUUUCAGAAAUCAGUGAGUUGACAGUUUCAGGGUAUUUGAAUUAUUCUCACUGUAACAUGUCCUGAUAAUUAUAUGCUUUGAUUCUUAGAUCUGUGAACUUCUAAUGGCCGUUUAAGUCAUUAUUACUCCUUAGUAACCACACUGGCUCUAAAAAGAAGUUGUGUGUGUGAAUUUUAAUUGCCUCAGAUAAUUAUUCCAAAAUAUAAUAGGUAUCAAUAAUCUUUAAAUUGUGUGCAUGUACUUCCACGUGUUUUUAAAACUGCACAAUACUAAUUCAAAGUUGUGCUUUUUAACAUUCAAUGUGACUGGCUGCCCAGCGAGGUUUGGUGAUACCACUUUGGGUAGCUGUCCCUGAAUUUGAUGCUUGAUGGACAAUGGCAAUGAGGGAAGGGUUACUGCAUGCCAGAGUGGUUGUUAGUUCUUUGUGGAUAAACACACAGUGGCCACUUUACGAGGUAGAGGAGGUAUCUAAUAAAGUGACCACUGUGUAUGUGUGUGAUCUUCUGCUGCUGUAGCCCAUCCACUUCAAGGUUUGCCAUAUUAUGCAUUAGGAGAUGCUCUUCUGCACACCACUGUUGUAACUUCUUUAUAUUCAAGUUACUGUCGCCUUCCUGUCAGCUUGAACCAGUCUGGCUAUUCUCCUCUGACCUCUCUCAUUAACAAAGUGUUUUCGACCACUGAACAGCCGUUCACUGGAUUUUUUAUUUGUUUUUCACACCAUUCAUUAUAAACUGUAGAGACUGUUGUGUGAAAAUUCCAGAAGAUCAGUAGUUUAUGAUUUAUUCAAAUCAUCCUAUCUGAUACCAACAACCACUCCAUGUUCAAAGUCACUUAGAUCACAUUUAUUCCCUCUUCUGAUGUUUAUUCUGAACAAUAACUGAGCCUCUUGACCAUUUCUGCAUGAUUUAUGCAUUGAGUUGUUGCCACACGAUUGGCUGACUAAUGAGCAAUAAUGUGGUCACAGAGUGUACUUCUUGGGGGCAUUGUGACUUUGCCUCUGGCUGCAACAUUUAGGCAUUGUAUUUAACUUUACCAACCAAAGUAUGUCCUGGAUUGGAAUGAACACGACCAUUUCAGGACUGUCACUUUAACUCUUAAAGCCCAUUAUUUGAUCUAGUCACAACAAAAUUUUCUUGGACAGAGAAGAUGAACUACAGUUAUUUACCAGAUGAAAUGUCCAAGAUCAUAUUUGUUGUAGGGGGAGCCCCACAACACGUGCAGUAGAAUUUUCUGCACAAUGAAUAAACCUAUUACUAAUUAUUUGGAAAACCAUUCAGCUAACACAAGACCAACAUUGGGCAUUUCAGCCCAUUGGCUUUACACUGUCAUUCAAUCAUGGGGUCUGAUUUAUUUUCCAUCUCAGCUUCAUUCUCUUGCCUUCUCUCCAUAACCUUUGAUGCCCUUACUAAUUAAGUACCUAUCAGCCUCCAAUUUAAAUAUACCCAAUGACUUGGCCUCUACAGCCAACUAUGGCAAUGAGUUCCACAGAUUCACCACCCUCUGGCUAAAGGACAUCUGUAGAUAUGUGUACAUCCUGUAUUAGUGUCAGUGGAAAAACACAAAAUCAUUUUGAAACCUUUAACGUAUGCAUGAAUUCAGAUCUUUAAUGAAAUGCUUGCACAACCUGUCACCAAGGAACUUGUAUUUGAGUAGUAUCUUCCAUUUGAAUGGACCACCAACAGCACUUUGGAGCUGUGGUAGUUCUUUUCACAUAUAGUUACUGUAUUAAUCAUUGUAUGGUCCAACCCAGGAUUUUUCUUUUGUAUUUAGUACUUUUUUAAGUUUGCAGUCAGUAACCUCUACAAUCAUUACUGAGGGAAACAGGCAAUGCUAGUUUUAGUCACGAGAUUUGGCAGAUGCUGGAAAUGCAGUCAAAGUGGGCAGUAUGCAAGUAAUUGCAGACCACCUGGCUGUGUACCUGCGUUAAAUGAACACCAUGCAAGAGCGGGCAUUUACACUAAGGUUUUGGAGGGUCUCAAUUUUAAAUCUACCACCACCACCGCAAUCACUAACAACAAAAUCCCUGACAGUCUUUCCUUUCCUUACUAGUGCAGUAUCUGCACUAAUAUUUUCUUGAUAUUGGCAUAUCUGUCACUACUUGAUCUCUGCUGGAAAUAUCAGUUGCUGGAUGGCAAUGACUUGCAGUUGUAAAUAGUUACAGCAAUGUAUUUAUAUACUGAAGGAGAUUACGAUGUUUUACUGUCUAGUGUAAGAUAAUGUGUAGAGCUGGCUCUGGAAUGAGCACAGAUUUGUUAAUUUUUAGAAAGAUCCUCAGCAAUGUAAUAUCUGUAAAUAACCACAUUGACCAGCUCCUUACUGUAAUCUUUAUUAAAGAGUACAAAUUACAAUAAAAUUU